CUGCGCUUAAAAGACGACACGAAAGAUGGAGGAGUUUGCGCGUGAACCUUGCCCCUGGAGGAUUGUGGAUGACUGUGGGGGGGCGUUUACUAUGGGUGCAAUUGGUGGAGGGGUGUUCCAAGCAGUCAAGGGGUUUCGAAACGCCCCCGCCGGUGUUGCACACAGGCUAAAAGGAAGCGCCAAUGCAGUGAGAAUAAGAGCGCCGCAGAUUGGAGGCAGCUUUGCAGUGUGGGGGGGGCUCUUCUCCACGAUCGACUGUGGUCUGGUCCGUCUGAGAGGGAAAGAAGACCCGUGGAACUCCAUCACCAGCGGGGCCCUGACCGGAGCCGUUCUAGCAGCACGCAGCGGACCGUUGACCAUGGUGGGCUCUGCCAUGAUGGGAGGAAUAUUGCUCGCUCUCAUCGAGGGUUUUGGGAUCCUGCUAACCAGAUACACUGCACAGCAGUUUCAGAACCCGAUGCCCUUCACAGAUGACCCCAGCCAGCUUCCUCCAAAGAACGUUUAGCGGCAGAUUUCAAAGAGGCCCGACUGCUGCUAUCAAGAUGAUCACAGGAUGAAGACGUUGACCUCUGCAGUGAACAUGGGUAGUUGCACUUUUGUUUGCGCACCUCAGGGAGAAUUUUCUUGUAAAUGUUUUAAGGAUGGAUGUUCACGUGUGAGGAGAAAGCCUGUUUGCUUUCACCAUCACAAACUGUAUGCAAUGUUGUCUUAUGUGAUGUGUUCUUGUUAUUUCUGUGGUCCAUUGGGGUUAAAUGUGUAACGCUAAAUGAAUUAUUUAUAGUGAAAGGAAAAUAUAUAUAAAAAAUAGCUUUAUUAUUGAGAAUGAACUGGGAGCAUCUGUCUGCCACGUUGUUUGUUUAGUAAAGAUCUUCUAGAGGCAGCAGCUGUUUGCUUUUCAUCCAAACUAAAGUGUUUGGGCCUCUAAAGCUCAAUUGUUAACAGGCAGAAUCUCAGUUCUUUUAUUUAUGCAGUAACAUUUGCUGAUUUAUGAAGGAAAAUGUGCAGAGUUUGCACCAUCGUCUUUUUAAUCAGGGAAGCACCAAAUUUGUCAUUCCUAAACGCUCAGCUUUAGUAAAUAUUUCAAGCUCCAGGAGGAUCAGCCGAUCCUUUUUUCAUUCUUUGCUGUCAGGAUUUUCCUCUUCAAUCAUUUCCCCACGUUUGCAUUUAUGAGUCUUUUACCAAUAUUACCGUUUUAUGAUUUCAUAAAUGACCAAAAUCUCA